GGGCUUUUGUAUCGCCUCUCUGUCUCCAGCACUUCCUGUGUUCCGCCAACACGUUCACCUGUCUACCGUCACCUGCCUCCGCGGUUACCUAGGCGUACACCGCGUAUGCCCCACCGUCGAGCGUGAUAUCCCGAGGGACCUUAGUUUUGCCUAGAACGCGGUGGGGCCGCGGUGCCGUGGUCUCGUCGUACGCACACUUCGCACAUAUGUACAUACGCGGUAAUGCGACCGCACGCGAUUGUGCAGUCGACUUUACGCUGUCGCGCGACUGCGAACGCACGCGAACGAGUCUCCCUCGUCGUUCCGAUAAGCAGGGACAUUCGCCGGACCGGACGAGGGCCGGACGAUAGAUAGAUCCAGGUUCGACGAACUCCAGGCGACGCGCGACACAUCGCUUCCCCGAACAGUCUCGCGGCUAUUUCAUGGUGCGCGGUCUGUCGCAGUGGACCAAGACCCUGAGCUUUCCGGCGAGGGUGUCACCUCAGAGACCUGCCAAGGAGUCCAAGGUUUUUCACGUAAGCCCCAGUGCUAGCCCCACGUCACCGCCCAGCCCGAUCAACGACACCAUGGACAAAGCACCUAUAAUUACCGAUGAGAACUUCCAAGACACGGAGGCAGAAAAGGCAAUAAUGGGUUCCAUCGUGUACUGCAUACAUCACAAGGACGGUUGCAAAUGGUCGGACGAACUGAGGAAGUUGAAGGCGCACCUAAAUACGUGUAAACACGAUGCGGUUCCUUGCGGCAAUAAAUGCGGGGCGAUGAUACCUCGCGUACUCAUGGAGGAUCAUCUGAAGUAUACUUGCGCUCAGCGUAGAGCUCGUUGCGAUUUUUGUGCCAAAGAAUUUACCGGACACACUUUAGAGAAACACACGGGAACAUGCGGUUACGAGCCUCUUUAUUGUGAAAACAAGUGUGGUAUGAAGGUGCAAAGGCGACACCUCGGCCAACACAAGCUAGGAGAGUGUGCCAAGAGACUAGUCGCCUGUCGUUACUGUAACAAAGAAUUCGUUUUCGAUACGCUCGGCGCUCAUCACGCGAAAUGCGGUCGAUUCCCGGUAGCAUGUCCUCAUCGUUGCGAAACCGCAGUGCUACCCCGAGAGGAUCUCGAGGUUCACCUGAAGGAUCAUUGCACCACGCAUCUACUUUCCUGUACGUUCAAGGACGCUGGUUGCCGCUUCAAGGGAAAUAGAUUCUCGUUAGACAAACAUCUGGAGGAAUCCGCAAAGAUGCAUCUAAGUCUCAUGUGCAGUUUGGUGACGAAGCAACAACAUCAAAUUACCAGCUUGAAAUCAGCGAUUAGCAAGCUAUCGUUAAAUUACACGGGCACGCUUAUAUGGAAAAUUACGGAUUAUGCCGUCAAGAUGUCAGAAGCAAAAGCAAAGGAAGGGAUGGAGCUUGUUAGUCCACCUUUUUAUACUAGUCAAUAUGGAUACAAGUUACAAGCUUCCAUCUUCUUAAACGGAAACGGGACCGGAGAGGGCAGUCAUAUCUCGAUAUACAUAAAAAUCCUACCUGGCGAGUAUGAUGCGCUUCUGCGAUGGCCGUUCUCGCACAGCGUGUCGUUCACGAUGUUCGAUCAGACAGUCAUCGCGGAAAAGGCUUGCAACAUCGUGGAAAGCUUCAUACCAGACCCGACCUGGAAGAACUUUCAGCGGCCGAGUCGUGAACCAGACUCUCUUGGUUUCGGUUUCCCAAGAUUCGUUUCCCAUGAGAUGGUGAAGAAACGACACUUCGUCAAAGACGAUACCAUGUUUAUUCGAGUUAAAGUGGAUCCUAGUAAAAUCGUAGCGGUCUAAGGGAAUGCAUUAACGAUUCUGAAGAAACGUUUCUGCAAACGGACAUUAUGUGAUAUUUCUGAGUACUCGCUUGACGGGACUAUGGUACUUACGUCGUUUUAAAUAAUGCACGGUAGUUUAUUUUAAAUCGAUUGAAAACGCAAACUAUAUUGCCACCUGUCUGCGUCAUAACAGUUUUCAUUUAUUCACUCGUGUUAUACUUGCCGAUAAUUGUAAUAAUAAUUAAUUUAUUAACACUGCCAAAUGCGUAAUGCGC